CAAGAGCCUCAUAAUUGGCAGCCCCUUUCAUUUUGUUGAUUAAUAAUGUGUGCUUUCAAUGAAAUAAAAUUUACGUUUGUUUCUCAGCAUUAAGGAAGGUCUGGGUUUCCAGGAAGAGUGGGUCAUUUUCUGGAUAUUACUGUAGUGCACUGAUAUUUGAAAAUUCAGUAAAUUCAAUAAAAAUGCUCCAAUUGUUGUAAAUUUUUAAUGGACUGUCAGGGCUGAUUAUAUUGAUGGCCUGGUAACUUUUUACUUUCAGGGGGGCUUUCUCAGUGGUGAGAAGAUGUAUGAAAAUCCCUACUGGUCAAGAAUAUGCUGCCAAGAUCAUCAACACCAAGAAGCUUUCUGCCAGGGAUCAUCAGAAACUGGAACGGGAAGCUAGAAUCUGCCGUCUUCUGAAGCACCCCAAUAUUGUGCGGCUGCACGACAGCAUAUCGGAGGAGGGCUUCCACUACUUGGUGUUUGACUUGGUUACUGGAGGUGAACUGUUUGAAGACAUUGUGGCAAGAGAGUACUACAGCGAGGCCGACGCCAGCCACUGCAUACAGCAGAUCCUAGAGAGUGUGAACCACUGUCACCUGAACGGCAUAGUUCACAGGGACCUGAAGCCCGAGAACUUGCUGUUAGCCAGCAAGUCCAAAGGAGCGGCUGUGAAACUGGCGGACUUCGGCUUAGCCAUAGAAGUUCAAGGAGACCAGCAGGCGUGGUUCGGUUUCGCUGGCACACCUGGGUACCUUUCUCCAGAGGUUUUGCGCAAAGACCCGUAUGGAAAGCCGGUGGACAUGUGGGCCUGCGGUGUCAUUCUGUACAUCCUGCUGGUGGGGUACCCCCCGUUCUGGGACGAAGACCAGCACAGACUCUACCAGCAGAUCAAGGCUGGAGCUUACGACUUUCCAUCACCAGAGUGGGACACAGUGACUCCUGAAGCCAAAGACCUCAUCAACAAAAUGCUGACCAUCAACCCCGCCAAGCGCAUCACGGCCUCCGAGGCGCUGAAGCACCCGUGGAUCUGCCAACGCUCCACGGUGGCCUCCAUGAUGCACAGACAGGAGACGGUGGACUGCCUGAAGAAGUUCAACGCCCGGAGAAAGCUGAAGGGUGCCAUCCUGACCACCAUGCUGGCCACGAGGAAUUUUUCAGCGGCCAAGAGCUUGCUGAAGAAACCAGAUGGUGUGAAGAUAAACAACAGAGCCAACGUGGUAACUAGCCCCAAAGAGAACGCCCCCGCCCCGGCGCUGGAGCCCCAAACUACCGUCAUCCACAACCCUGACGGAAACAAGGAAUCCACGGAGAGUUCCAACACUACGAUCGAGGAUGAAGACAUCAAAGCUCGGAAGCAGGAGAUCAUCAAAGUCACCGAGCAGCUGAUCGAAGCCAUCAACAACGGAGACUUUGAGGCGUACACAAAAAUCUGUGACCCGGGCCUCACUGCUUUUGAACCUGAAGCACUAGGCAACUUAGUGGAAGGAAUGGACUUCCAUCGAUUCUACUUUGAAAAUGGUUUAUCCAAGACCAAUAAACCAAUCCACACCAUCAUCCUGAACCCCCACGUGCACCUGGUGGGUGACGACGCCGCCUGCAUCGCCUACAUCCGGCUCACCCAGUACAUGGACGGCGGCGGGAUGCCCAAGACCAUGCAGUCAGAGGAGACGCGCGUGUGGCACCGCCGGGACGGGAAGUGGCAGAACGUGCACUUCCAUCGCUCGGGGUCACCCACAGUGCCCACCAACUAAGCGUCCACAGUGCCACGUCUGCAUCGGUGUCUCCAGGCACCCGGCGGGAACUGGCUGCCCUGCGAGUGCGCUGGCACGAGGGUCGUGCUGUGUGCCUGUGUGACGCCACGUCCCGUCAUCGCCCUCCUGUCCGUGUUCACACUUCGCCGUGGGACGUUCAUGCGCACAGUCGGGCGGCCACACGAUCACAGUGCUCCCUGGACAGCCUGCUCCUCUUUCCUGUUCAUGCCAAGAUUUAGCAGACCCCCACUGCUCCUCUCUCAAGGACAGUUUGUAAGAGAAAUGUAUAUUUUAAAAACUCUUUGCUGUUAAUCUGUUUUGGCUUCUUUAACAAAAAGGGCAAAACACGUUCGGUUUCCUGGUGUGGCCCUGGUUGAGAUGGUGGUUUUCCCUGGAAGCGUGGCUGCUGAGGACCAGGGGGCAGGCCGGCGUGAGGGCAGAGCGGCCCUGAAGCCACCACGUUCUGAUCGAGCUGGGGCCAGAAGUUUUACGUGGUUUCGGGGCCUGGCCACUGAGGGUUUGCUGGCAGUGCUCUGGGGAACUCGCUGGACUGAAUUUUCUGUUUCUCCAGUCUGCUCUGGUUCCUUCACUGUUUCCCUUUCCCUUCUCUGCUUUUCCUUCCUGUCUGGGAGUGUGUGGGGGGAGAAACUGCAUAAUGAAGGUAAAUAAACCCCGGCCUUCGGGGCUGCUGGCCCACAGCUCCGAUCACCUUCAGGGCCCACAGUAUUGUCGGGAUCUUAAAGGGUUUUCAUCUGCUUGAGCUGGGGCCCCGGGGCCUCGCUGUGGAGACUGGGUGGGGGCCAGGCCGUCCUGACAAGGUUUUGCUGCAGCCCCAGGGCAGGCAGGUCACGGCCCCCCUCUGAAGCGGGGCAGCUGCGAGGUGUCACUCGCGUGUUCUGCACUGUCCUCGUGGCUGCGUUUCCAGCUUCUCUGUCAGAGCAACACUGUCGUCCUGCAAGGAGGGCGCCGCCCGCGUCCUGAGUCCUGCUCCCCUGCUGCUGCGUGUCCAUGUGGCCCCAGCGCCCGCAGCGCAUGUCCUUCCGCGCGGCCCCGGGGAUCCAGACAGCGGACGCAGACACGCGGCCUGUCCUCAGCACCCUGCCCUGCCUCGCGUCGUCGCUAGUGGAUGUGUGGUAGAUGGAUGAAGCUUGUCCGAUGAUUCUCGCGUGGUUUAAACAAUGUGUGUAUUUAAACUGACACCCACAGUGGAUGCCAGCGAUCUGUGAAGCAGUGGCCCCCUUCCUUUCCUUCCUUCACCUUUCUGUGAAACGGCUAUAAGUGGCACACGUGUAUUUUAAACAUAGCUGUAAAGUGGUUUUUUACACUUUUGACUUAGCAUGCGGUGUGUCCACCCCGUGCUGCGAGGGGGCCGCGGCCGGCUCCCCACAGCCGGACUCCCGCCCAUCACCUUACCUUGUCGUUUUGAAACACUGCAGGUUUCCGUGGACACUGUACAUACUUCUGCCAUGUGGUAAAUGACUGACUGAUAUAUUUAAGAGUUAAUAAAUUUGUGAUUUCUGCUGA